AUGGAGGACCAAUUAGUGCAGCUGCUGUCGGCAACACAAACAGCCCAGGAAGGCCCCCGCAAACAGGCCGAGCAGCAGCUGCAGAGCCUCUACACCCACCAGGACUUCCCCAUUGCCCUUGUCGAGAUCGCCCGCCAUGAGAGCGUCCCGCUCAAUAUACGGCAGGCCGCGCUGCUGUAUCUCAAGCAGGUCGUGCUGGCUGGCUGGAGCGACAGCCUAGAGGAAUUCAAGGGCACCUUCAUCAUUACCGACGACGUAAAGCUCAAGGUGCGACAACUUUUGCUAGAACUGGCGACUACAGACCAGCUUGAUCGCAAGCUGAAAUCGGCGGCCAGCUUAGUCGUGAGCAAAAUCGCAAGCUGCGACUUCCCAGAGCAGUGGCCGGACCUCCUCAAUACGUUACUUAAUCUGAUCCCGAAUGCCUCCGACGGACAAUUACACGGCGCGCUGAAGGUGUUGGACGAAUUGGUCGAGGACACCUUCAACGAGACGCAAUUCUUCGGCGUAGCCAAACAGCUUAUCAAGGUCGUGCACGACAUUGCUGUCAACGAUGCGCGAAAACCCACACUGCGGGCGUUGGCGUGCAGCGUCUUCCGAGGCACCUUCGACAUCCUAGAGAUGGUGCUAGAGGACCACAAGGCCGAGAUCAAGGGCUUUGCCGACGAAGUGCUACAAGAAUGGAUACCCUUCUUCACCGAAGUCAUGAAGUCACGGCUGCCGAAUCCACCUACAGAGCAGGAAGAGAAUGAGGACGCGCCGAAUGCAGAAGCAUAUCGCGGCUUGGUCGCCUUGAAGCUACAAGUCGUAAAGGUCCUCAUGCGCAUACGCUCCGUAUUCCCCGCCGUGCUUUCACCGCAAACCCCCGUACUAUUCUCUGCCACAUGGGACGAACUCGUAUCAUUACAGGGCGCAUAUCACCAGAUGUACAUAAUAGAGGAGCGCCAAAGCAGGCUCGAAGACACAGAUGGACUACCAUACACUUUAGACUUCCUUGUCUUGGAAGAGCUUGACUUCAUGCAGGCAUGUCUUCGCGCGCCACCGGUGCGCGCCGAGCUGGAGAAUCAGCUCAAACAGAGCACGGACCCGACCUCUACCUGGGUAUUCGAGGUUAUGAAGCUCGCCGUGGCGUAUGCACAAAUUACCACAGAAGAAGAGGGCCUAUGGAACUUCGAUGUCAAUAUCUUUUUGUCUGAAGAGACUAGCGUUACGGCGAAUUACACGUCGCGGACGGCAUGCGGCGACUUGGUCAUCAAACUUGGCGAGUGGCUCACUCAGCCUGCACUCCAAGGCUUGCUCGCAUACUCUCGUACAUUAUACUCAUCACAAGAAGGAUGGAAGGCAAAGGAAGCUGCGCUAUACAUCCUCAGUCAGGUUCUCAGCGACUUCCAGGAUGUAGAAAAGACGAUCAGUCCGGAAAUCGCGACCGGCUUCAUUGACUUCAUCAACUAUGCCAUACAACAAGAGGACGUCUUCCUUCGGGCACGUGGCUACCUCGUUGCUGGAAGCCUCGUCAGGACAUCUGGCGAUGCUUUGCUACAAUACGCACCCGCAUUCCUCGAAGCUUGUCUGAAAGCUAUACCGACUGAUGACUCUGAAGUCGUUCAGGUUUCAUGCAUUCGCUCUCUACAAUACUACCUUCAAGCUCUUCCACGCGAGAUCACGCUGCCACUACAACAGAACAUUGUCACCGCGAUCUCGAAUUAUCUCCAGGCCCAAGACCUGCAAGAGCUUGCUGACAGCGACGAUUUGAUGGUCACUUUGGUUGAGACCCUUCGCGAUGCGAUACUUCUCGAUACCCGGAUAUGUGUCACUGGUAAUGGACUUGACCUGCUCUUCACUGUGGCCACUCAUGGAGCUAAUAACUUCCAAUUGACGAUCCUGGUGAACGAGACAUUCGAGGAUGUGACGCAGGCUAUUGCCAGCAUGGGUGGAGAUGCCUACGUCCAGCUUUGCAAGAAAGUACUGCCCUCCCUGACUGGAGCCUUCGACGUUGCGAACAUUACCGAAGAGAACGCUUUGAUGAACCUCGCUGCCGACCUUUUGUCUCUUCUUGCUGAAUACGGCCCCGAGCCUCUCCCCGCAGGCUUCGUACAGACCACUAUGCCCAAACUUGCCCGGUUACUGCUUCACUCAGAAGAUGAAGAGCUUCUCAAGUCAGCCACCACGGCUGUGAAGAACAUCAUCGCACACGACCAUCAGCAACUCUUUGAAUGGCGGAAUGAAGAAGGCAAGGCUGGUCUUGAGGUGGUUCUCCAAAUCAUCGCAAGAUUGCUCUCGCCAAAUGUUAAUGACAACGCCGCUGGAGAGGUUGGUGCGCUUGCUGCCGAGUUCGUUGAAAAGGCUGGCCAUGAGAGACUUGGGCCAUACCUACAGGAGCUUCUCCGAACUGUGGCCGCGCGACUAGGCGCAGCGACGCAAGCACAAUUCAUUCAGAGCCUGACACUCGUGUUUGCGCGACUCAGUUUGAACCAUGCUUCUGAGGUCGUGGAGUUUCUAGCGACUCAGGAUAUCGAUGGCCAGAAUGGCUUGCAGGUUGUCCUUGCGAAGUGGUUGGAGAACUCGAUAAACUUCGCGGGGUAUGAUGAGAUCAGGCAGAAUGUCAUCGCCCUUUCUAAACUAUACGACCUCAAGGACCCUCGUCUGUCCGCAGUUCAAGUAAAAGGUGAACUCAUCCCCAAUGCAGACGGCCGCAUCAUGACUCGUAGUCGCGCCCGCCAAAAUCCCGACCAGUGGACCAUCGUCCCUGCCACGCUCAAGAUUCUCAAAGUCCUCAUUGUAGAACUGCAAUCUGCAUCAGGCACAGGGUUUGACCCGCAAGCCGCCGCCGACCUCGCGGAGGAAGGCUCCAACGACGAUGAUUGGGAAGACGAACCAAAUCCUUUUGUGGAUCUCGGCAGCGGCUUCAGCAAAGAACAGCUAAUGGCGUACGCUGCUGAGGAUGGGCCUGGCAUCGGAAGGCAGAAGGACGACGAGACGCAGGCUUUUCUAGUGGAUUUCUUCAAGAGGGCGGCGGGGACGCAGGGGUUUGCGGAGGAGUUCCAGGCGCUUACCGAGGAGGAGCGAAGGAGGUUGCAGGAGAGCGCGGCUUAG